GUGGGGACAGACAGAUGGGGACAGACAGGUGGGGACAGACAGAUGGAGACAGACAGGUGGGGACAGACAGAUGGGGACAGACAGAUGGAGACAGACAAGUGGGGACAGACAGGUGGGGACAGACAGAUGGAGACAGACAGGUGGGGACAGACAGUUGGGGACAGACAGAUGGAGACAGACAGGUGGGGACAGACAGGUGGGGACAGACAGAGGGAGACAGGUGGGGACAGACAGUUGGGGACAGACAGGUGGGGACAGACAGAUGGAGACAGACAGGUGGGGACAGACAGUUGGGGACAGACAGAUGGAGACAGACAGGUGGGGACAGACAGAUGGAGACAGACAGGUGGGGACAGACAGGUGGGGACAGACAGAUGGAGACAGACAGGUGGGGACAGACAGGUGGGGACAGACAGAUGGAGACAGACAGGUGGGGACAGACAGGUGGGGACAGACAGAUGGAGACAGACAGGUGGGGACAGACAGGUGGGGACAGACAGAUGGAGACAGACAGGUGGGGACAGACAGGUGGGGACAGACAGGUGGGGACAGACAAGUGGGGACAGACAGGUGGGGACAGACAGAUGGAGACAGACAGGUGGGGAGAGACAGGUGGGGACAGACAGAUGGAGACAGACAGGUGGGGACAGACAGAUGGAGACAGACAGGUGGGGACAGACAGGUGGGGACAGACAGGUGGGGACAGACAGGUGGGGACAGACAGGUGGGGACAGACAGAUGGAGACAGACAGAUGGAGACAGACAAGUGGGGACAGACAGGUGGGGACAGAUAGGUGGGGACAGACAGGUGGGGACAGACAGGUGGGGACAGACAGGUGGGGACAGAUAGGUGGGGACGGACAGAUGGAGACAGACAGGUGGGGACAGACAGGUGGGGACAGACAGAUGGAGACAGACAAGUGGGGACAGACAGGUGGGGACAGAUAGGUGGGGACGGACAGGUGGGGACAGACAGGUGGGGACAGAUAGGUGGGGACGGACAGAUGGAGACAGACAGGUGGGGACAGACAGAUGGAGACAGACAGAGUAAUUGUACACUGUGAUAUUGCUUCUUUUGCUCCAGUAAAGAUCUGAGAACUCGUGCCCGCUGUAGA